AUAUCCUAUUAUUUUCACAAAACCUGCAGAACAAAAAAUAUUAAGAAAUAUAGUCCUUUAAUUAUAAUGGCACUCACUUCAAUCUCUCCACUUUCCAUUAAAUCAUUAUCAAUCUCUUCCUCAAUUAAUUCUUCCAAAUCCUUCUCUAAGCCCUUCUGCAAUAUAGUCUGUAAAGCCGAUUGUCCCAGGAAAGGAAGCAAUUUAUAUAGUAAUAAGAAUUACAUCAGCGAUGAGGAGUCCAAGAGCAGUUGGAGAAAACUGGUAUCUGCAACAGUACUGGCUGCGGCUGCAGUUAUAAGCUUCAGCACUGACAUGCCCGCAUUUGCUGAUCUUAACAAGUUCGAAGCCGCCACUCGCGGCGAGUUUGGAAUUGGAUCUGCGGCUCAAUUCGGCUCUGCUGAUCUCAGAAAGGCCGUUCAUGUGAAAGAAAAUUUCAGACGAGCCAAUUUCACAGCUGCGGAUAUGAGGGAAUCCGAUUUUAGUGGUUCGACAUUCAAUGGUGCAUACCUUGAGAAAGCUGUAGCAUACAAAGCAAACUUUACAGGCGCAGAUUUGAGCGAUACGCUGAUGGAUCGUAUGGUUCUUAACGAAGCUAAUCUGACAAACGCGGUGCUGGUGAGAUCGGUUCUCACCCGCAGCGAUCUUGGGGGUGCACUUAUUGAAGGUGCUGACUUUAGUGAUGCUGUCUUGGACCUUACCCAGAAGCAGGCUUUGUGCAAGUAUGCAAGUGGCACAAACCCAACUACUGGUGUAAGCACCAGAAUAAGCUUAGGCUGCGGGAACAAACGGCGAAAUGCUUAUGGCUCUCCCUCUUCUCCUCUACUAAGCGCUCCGCCUCCGAAACUGCUUGAUCGGGAUGGUUAUUGCGAUGAAAGUAGUGGUCUCUGUGAUUCAAAAUAAUUGCCUUUUGUGGUGCAUUUCUACCUAUGAAUACGGUGAACAUCGAUGCCUUUUUUAUAUAAAAAUUGUAGAAUCUAAACACCUUUUCACCACUUGAACAUGAAGAAAAAUCAACAGUUGUUGAUAUGUGUGGACGCGGAUGGUUUUUUAAUGAGAAAAACAACUUGUAAAUUGCUCAUAUCUUUUCUAUGGCCAGCAUUCUUUUACGUUCUUCCAUUAUAGCUAAUCUUUGAAAAAAAAAAUAACAGUGUGAUGUGUCAUUGCUGGUAUAAAAAAUUCUCAUGUUAUAACCAGUCGAAUCCACUAAUUAUGAGACGCGGUCGUUUAUAGUUUUACCUGUCAUCUUUAAAAAUAAAACAAUAAUUUUUUUAAAAAAAGAAGAAGAUAAGAAGGUUUAAUUUUCUGUUAGAAAGGUGUAUUUUCUUGUUAAUUGUAUACUGGUUAAGCGUUGGAAUGGUAUGAGCAUUCACUUUUGAGUAUACUGAUUAUUUGAUCUAUGAUUUAGCGAACGGAAAAUGCAUAGAAUAGCAUUUUUUAUACACACAUCUAAAGCAAAUAGCAUUUUUUUUUUAAAUACUGAUAAAUUAUAGCAUAUUCUUAUCUUC